GCAGGCAGGCAGCUAGCUGAGGUUGUGGCGUGCCCGCGCCGCACCAACACGCAUGAGCGGCCAGUCGCGCACAGCUUCAGAGCAGCUAAGGCUUUUUUAUUAUUAUUAAUAUUUUUCUUUUGACCCUCAUAUUUUUUUCCUAUAACAUCUCUGCGUUUUGAAGUCCAAACGUCGCCACCAUGCUGUGGACGGCCUGCCAGGUCUUCAGGAAAUUCUCGUCYUCGUCCACUUACUACCAGAAUAAACUUAAACUGGCCAUAAUUGGUCAGAGUUUGUUUGGCCAGGAGGUGUACAGCAACCUGAGGAAGCAGGGUCACAAGGUUGUGGGUGUGUUCACAGUUCCUGACAAAGAUGGCAAGGCAGACCCCUUGGCGGUGGUGGCUGAGAAAGACGGKACACCAGUUUUCAAGUUUCCAAGGUGGCGGAUGAAGGGAAAGCCUCUUCCAGAGGUGGUGGAGGCAUAUAAGUCAGUGGGUGCAGAGCUGAACGUCAUGCCCUUCUGUUCUCAGUUCAUCCCCAUGAACGUAAUCGACCAUCCCAAGCAUGGCUCCAUCAUCUACCAUCCCUCCAUCUUACCUCUGCACAGAGGAGCUUCUGCUAUCAACUGGACCCUGAUCCAUGGGGAUCAAAAAGCUGGCUUCACAGUGUUCUGGGCUGAUGACGGUCUGGACACCGGGCCCAUCCUGCUGCAGAAAGAAUGUGCCGUUGAGCCCAAUGACACGGUGGACACGCUGUACAACCGAUUCCUCUUUCCAGAGGGAAUCAAAUCUAUGGUGGAGGCAGUGCAGCUUAUUGCUGAUGGAAAGGCCCCUCGAAUCCCCCAGACAGAAGAAGGAGCGAGUUAUGAGGGGAUUCAGAAGAAAUCUAAUGCCAGGUUGAACUUGGCCCAGCCAGCUGAAGCCAUCCACAACUGGAUCCGUGGCCACGACAAAGUCCCCGGAGCGUGGACGCUCAUUGAUGGACAGCCUGUGACCCUUUAUGGCUCAUCCAUGCUGGGGGGGUCAGCUCCAGACGGUCAGCCUCUGGAACUGGAGGGUGCUUCUCGACCUGGCCUCGUCACAAAGACUGGCCUCGUCCUGUUUGGGACUGAUGGGCAAGCUCUCCUCAUCAAGAAUCUGCAGUUUGAAGAUGGGAAGAUGAUUCCUGCCUCCAAAUACUUCUCUUCUGGAGAAAGCUCCAGCGUGGAGCUGRACGACGAGGAGAAGAAGAUGGCAGAGGAAAUCAGGACUAUCUGGAGGGGCAUUCUCAGCAACGUUCCAACCAUUGAAGACACCACAGACUUCUUUAAGUCCGGAGCAGCCUCCAUGGAUGUUGUCAGGUGAUCUGUAAGGUGUCGUAUGCUUCAGUGGGAGAUGUGGACCGGGCUGUGGCUGCUGCUAAAGAAGCUUUUGAUAAUGGACCUUGGGGUAAGAUGAACCCCAGGGACAGAGGAAGUCUGCUAUACAAACUUGCAGACCUGAUGGAGGAGCAUCAGGAGGAGCUGGCCACGAUCGAGUCCAUCGAUUCAGGUGCUGUGUACACCCUAGCCUUGAAGACACAUGUAGGCAUGUCCAUCCAGACGUUUCGCUACUUUGCAGGCUGGUGCGACAAAAUCCAAGGCAAAACCAUUCCUAUCAACCAAGCCAGGCCCAACCGGAACUUGACCUUCACCAAGAAAGAACCUCUGGGAGUUUGUGCCAUAAUAAUCCCAUGGAAUUACCCUCUCAUGAUGCUAGCUUGGAAGAGUGCAGCCUGUCUUGCAGCUGGAAACACAUUGGUUCUAAAACCUGCUCAGGUGACUCCUUUGACUGCUCUGAAGUUUGCUGAGCUUUCUGCGAAAGCUGGGAUCCCAAAAGGCGUGAUUAAUAUUCUCCCGGGCUCAGGUGGCAUGGUUGGACAGCGUCUGUCUGACCAUCCUGACAUCCGCAAGCUUGGCUUCACUGGCUCCACACCGAUUGGCAAASAGAUCAUGAAAAGCUGUGCACUCAGUAACCUGAAGAAGGUCUCACUGGAGCUGGGAGGAAAAUCACCUCUGAUYAUCUUCAGUGACUGUGACAUGGACAAGGCUGUCCGCAUGGGUAUGGGCUCUGUGUUUUUUAACAAGGGUGAGAACUGCAUUGCUGCUGGACGUCUUUUUGUGGAGGAGUCCAUACAUGAUGAGUUUAUCAGCCGAGUGGUGGAGGAGAUCAAAAAGAUGAAGAUUGGAGACCCUCUGGAUCGCUCCACAGACCACGGCCCACAGAACCACAAAGCCCACAUGGAAAAACUACUGGAGUACUGUGAGACAGGAGUAAAGGAAGGAGCCACACUGGUGUAUGGAGGCAAGCAGGUUGACAGACCAGGUUUCUUCAUGGAGCCCACUGUUUUUACUGAGGUAGAAGACCACAUGUUCAUAGCCAAAGAGGAGUCCUUCGGUCCUGUCAUGGUCGUGUCCAAGUUUAAAGAUGGGGACGUGGACGGUGUUCUUCAGAGAGCCAAUGACACAGAGUACGGCCUUGCCUCAGGCGUGUUCACCCGUGACAUUAACAAGGCCAUGUAUGUCAGCGAGCGGCUAGAGGCAGGAACCGUGUUUGUAAACACGUACAACAAAACUGAUGUUGCUUCACCGUUUGGAGGCUUCAAACAGUCCGGCUUUGGGAAAGACCUCGGAGAAGACGCUCUUCUGGAGUACCUCAAGACAAAAGCAGUGACUGUGGAGUACUGAGGCCCAGACUCUAACCCACAUGUGGACUGGAAGCACUCGAACACAGCCGACACUCGGAGCUUCUGAACAAUGUGGAUGGAUUUCCAGGCUCAAGAGUUCUGAACCAGCAGCUGCAGGACCUGCUUGUCUGUUGACCGUACAUCGGAAGACAUUUUUUUUCUGGCCUUUUUUUUUAAGUUUACAUGCAUAUUUUUAAAAAGGGACUUUUUUUUUUUUUUUUGAAAUUACAUCUGGAACAAGCGUCUUUUAUGGAUACCACCCUGCCUCAUGGAGGCCAGGUUGCUUAGUGUUACGAGCAAUAUUUAGUUUUAUUAGAAACAAGCAUUAACCAAGCAAAGUGUGUUUGAAACAUAAAACAUAUCACUCAUUUU